GUUAACUUGCUCUUCGGGAGAAAGAAAAAUACAAUGAAAAUAUUACGAUAAAAAUUGUGGUGGUUCUUAAUGAAAUUACGUCAAUGACAAAAACUCAACACGUGUAAAAUUAUAGAGGUUCAAUGUACUUUGUUAUUCAUUAGUUCAUUAGGAAUGAAUAAACUCAACACACAUAACCCAAAAUAGUAUUUCAUGAUAUGUAGAUAGAUAAAUAUUUUUUACUUUAUUACUUGUCCAUUUAUAAGUAGCAAAAUGUUGACAGAACAAAUUGUAGUUUCUGAAUCAUCUACCGGCGAUACAUUACCAUUAGGAUUUAUAACUGCUGAAGAUGGUCGAACUCUUUUAGCAGUAGCAGAACACGAAGAUGGUAUCUUAGCAAUUAUGUCAACACCUGUAGCAUUUAUGCAGCAGAAUAAUAUAAUUUCACCAUCAUUAGUUAAGACUAUAGAUGGAAAUAUGAUUGUGCAUCCUCCUAUUUUUCAAAUAAGUAUAGAAGGCAUUGCUGGAAUUCAACAAGGUGCUAUAUUACCAAUACAAACAUUAGAAGCAGUUCCUACUGUUAUGGAAGAUGUACCAAGUUGUGUACAGUCCAUAGUUCCUACACCAACAGAUUUAGCAAUAAAUAACAAAGAACAACAUUUUUCUCCCGAGUUUCAUACAACACAAUUUCCUAUUCAGAAAAAUAAUACUAAACGUAAUCCUGGCAGACCAAGGAAAAAUGAAGUCAUCUUGUCUCAUAGCAUAGACGAUAUGAAAUGCAAUGUUUGUGGGCAAGACUUUGAUAAACAAUCUCUAUAUCGGAAACAUAUGGAUCAGCAUGCAGAAGAGAAACCACAUCGUUGUCCAAAAUGUUCUGCAUCCUUUAAUAUUCCGACGAAUUUCACGCUUCACAUGGCAACGCAUAAUACUGGUGAACCAAAAUGUCCUGAAUGUGGUAGAAAAUUUGCUAGAAUGGCCAGUUUAAAAUCUCACAUGAUGUUGCAUGUGAAAGAAGAAAAUCUUUUUUGUACGGAGUGCGAAGAUGCCUUUCCAACGAAAUAUAUCUUCUUCAUAAUGUCGUUCGCCGUGGACUGCAUCAAUUUUGCUCUUCUACUGAUCUGCUCUCGUGUCUUUCAUCUCGCUCUUGGAAUCGGUGCGCAGUAUUAUAAGGCUCAACUGGAUGCACACUUAAAGUUACACGGUGAAAAAUCAUUAACGGAGGAAGUGCGAAAGUGUAAGCUUUGCAAUAAACAAUUUGUUCAGCCUGCUUUAUAUAGACUUCAUAUUCGUGAGCAUUAUAAGUUACGGACAAAGAUAGUCAAGCAGACGAAAAAAGGAACGAAACAUAAGAUUAUGUAUAAGUGUACGAUAUGUUUGAAGUCGUUUCAAAAACCUAGUCAGCUAAUGCGUCAUAUUAGAGUUCAUACAGGAGAGAAGCCUUUUAAAUGUACCGUAUGUAGUCGAGCAUUUACUCAGAAAGGUUCUCUACAAAUUCAUAUGUGGCAACAUGAUGGUAUCAGACCUCAUAUAUGUACUCUUUGCAAUGCUAGAUUUAGUCAAAAAGGAAACCUAAAUGCACACAUUUUGAGGGUACACAGUGCUCCAGAAGGAGAAUCCAUAUAUGGAUGUACUUAUUGUCCUUGUAUUUUUAAAAAGCUUGGCAGUCUUAAUGGUCAUAUGAAAAGAAUGCAUUCGAAUUUGGCAGAAGAAACAUCAAAAUGCGAAAGUUCUACAGAGGCUGAUAUGCGAGCUACGGUUGAUAGUGUCAUAUCACAGCUAGCAUCCUUGGAAUCUGGCAUUGCUAACGUAGCAAAUUCUACUCAAUCUGGAGCUACGACUGAAAAUAGAAAUGAUAUUUUACAAGAAGCGUUAAAUAAUAGUGGAUUGCCUAGUAAAGAGAAAAGUUCUUCUAAUGAAACAAUAGACUCGAAAAAAGUAGAAGCAAAAACGACGUACGUUACGUUAUUGGAUAGAGCACCGGACGGUACCAUGAGAAAAUAUUUAACAAUAAAGCAGCGAUGUAUAGGAAACAUACGAUGGUAUGCAUGCUCUUUCUGUCACAAAGAAUUUAAAAAACCAUCGGAUUUAAUACGUCAUUUAAGAGUGCAUACUCAAGAAAAACCAUUUAAAUGUUCUUAUUGCUUUCGCUCAUUUGCGUUAAAAUCAACGAUGAUUGCACACGAACGUACUCACACCGGUACCAAGAAAUAUGCUUGUGGUUCGUGCGAUAAAACUUUCGCGUGUCAUAGUAGUCUUACCACUCAUACGAGAUUACAUACAAAGCCACACAAAUGCACUCUAUGUGAUAAAUCGUUUAGUUCUAGCGCUGUUUUAAAAAGUCACAUGAAAAGUCAUUCAAAAGGAAAAUCAAAUCUCUCGCCAGAAGCAGAAAGUUUAGUGCCACAAAUCGUUUUACAGGAACCGUUAGUUAUUAGCGAUGCGGGUAAUAAGAUCAGCGUGGCGCAUGUACAAUCAAAACAAAAACAUGUUUAUGACAGUGCAGAUGUUGCAAGACCACACAAAUGUUGGGUAUGUCAUGCGGCAUUUAGGAAAAUUAGUCAUUUAAAACAACACUAUCGUCGGCAUACUGGAGAACGUCCUUUCAAAUGCACCAAGUGCGAUAGAAGAUUUACAUCUAAUAGCGUUCUUAAGUCACAUUUGCAUACGCACGAUGAUGCAAGACCAUACAGUUGUACUGUAUGUAAUACUAAGUUUUCUACUCAGAGCAGUAUGAAGAGACAUUUGGUGACUCACAGUAACAAAAGACCAUUCAUGUGUCCUUAUUGUCAUAAAACAUUCAAAACUUCUGUUAAUUGCAGAAAACAUAUGAAGAUACAUAAACAUGAACUUGCACAAAGACAAUUAGAACAACAGAAGAAACAACAACAAAUUAAGGAUGUACCAAAGACAUUGAAUAAGGAUAAGGGAACUAUUUUACCAGAGAAUAUAGCACUGUCAGAGGAGAUGGAAGUAUCUUUCCAACCACAAAUGGCACCUGAUUUUGCAUUAGCCUUUUCGGAUCAAUUUCAAAAUAUAACGGAAAAAGAAAAAACGUUUUUAACAACGGACAGAACACAACCGGUUAUUAAUUCAAAUUUAUCUACAAAUUUGUCUACGAUAGAAACAAAUAAUUUAGCGACAUCACAAACUUUACAUACCGAUGAAACAGCCACUAUUACAAUUCCUAAUUAUACAGGGGAUCAAUCGCUUACGCCUGAAAGUAUACGCGAGAUAGAAGAAACUUUCAAUCAACAACUGUUUAAUAUUGGAAUGAAUCUUGGUUUGGGAAGUAAUCUCUCAAGACCGAUAGAUGAUGCAAACACAAAUACUCUUGAACAAAGGGAACAACCUGUAUUAAAUAUUAUUUAUGACAAUAAUAAAAAUUUAGAGUCAUCCGCAAAUACAAUGUUCACAUCACAAUUUGAUUCAUUUGAUAUUAGUCAGAUUACGUUACAACCUGAUACCGAAAUAGACAUUGGACUGAAUACAGAAAAUUCUGCAAAUAUGGCAAAUAUUUUAACUAGAUCUAUACAAGAGAGACAAGAACUAAGCACUAUCGCUAUUGAAAAUAAUACAAAUGACAAUCAUAUUAAAACACCAAAACAAUUAAUGAUAUUGGGUUCCAAACAAACUGGAUCUGAUGCUUUAAAACUGCCACAGUCUUGUUCGAGAUAUCCGAAAGUUAUAGCUAAAGCGGAUGCGACAGAUACAACGGAUAUCGAAAUUAUGAAUCUAACGAACAGUGCAGAAAUACAAAUGAUAAAUGAUUGUAAUAAAAGACAUCAAGAAAACAUCGUAUGUCACGAGCAUGGAAAUAAUACUUUACAUUUAAAAUGCGAUUUAAACAACGAAAAUUUUCAAGAUACACUACAAUUAAAUGCUCAUUCAAAAUUACAUUCCCCGUCGAACAUCAUUUACGCGGAUAUUAAUGGAUGCAGCAUUCAAUGUGACUCUUUACUUCAGUGUCAUAUAUGCAGUGAACAAGGCUUUACUACAGAAGAAUUAAAGGAACAUUUACAAACUCACCGUGGAACGAAAGGCUUCCAAUGUACAGAAUGUUCUCUUAAAUUUUGUACUAGUGGUGGACUUAGCAGACAUUUAAAAUUACAUAAAAAUAAAGAACAAUGGAAGUGUACAAUCUGUCAACAAGUUUUUGUUAGCAAAGCCCAAUUGAGAUCUCAUAAUAAAAUGCAUGAUAAUAAUCUUAAUGCAAGCUCAUUAGAAUCAGACAAAUCGCAGAAAGAAAAUAUUUCUAUCAAUAAAAGUCUUUCCAUUGAUUCUACUUCAAAUAAUAAAAUUUCUUUUGAUAGUAAAACUCUAUCAAAUAACUCCAUCAAAUUGGAUGAAAAGAUUUCUUUAGAUGAUAAAAUGGGUACUGAUUCGUCAGUAUCAGAAAAAGUUCUUUUAGACACGGUAGCAGAAAAAAAGAUCAUGGAUCAAAUAGAUGGUAGUGUAGAAAAAAAAGAAACAAAACAGUAUAUCAAUAAAUGUAAGUACUGUCCAAAAACAUUUCGCAAACCAAGCGAUCUUAUAAGACAUAUUCGGACACAUACCGGUGAACGACCGUACACGUGCGAUCAUUGCAGUAAAAGCUUUGCAGUGAAGUGUACAUUGGAUUCUCAUAUGAAAGUUCAUAGCGGCAAGAAGACGUUUUGUUGUCAUGUUUGCAAUAGUUUAUUUGCUACAAAGGGUAGUUUAAAAGUUCAUAUGCGAUUGCAUACUGGUUCUAAACCAUUUAGAUGUCAGAUUUGUGAUUUAAGAUUUCGAACUUCAGGUCAUAGAAAAGUACAUUUAUUGAAACAUGUGAGACAGCACAAAGGUAUCACUAAGCGAAAACAAAAGCACAUGAAAGUUUCUGCUGUAGCUGAAGCAAGCCUUGAUUUAGAAAAAUCGGUUGAAAGUGUAGUGCAUUUAGUAACAACUGAUAAUGAUGUAUCUACAUCGUCAAAUGUUGAUUACUCAAACCUUGACGCAAUCAGCAUUGACACUAAUAAUUUAGUCAAUCAGAUUAAUUUGAAUAGCGAUACAAUGAUAUUGAAUAAUAAUUCAAUUGUGUCAUUAAAUGAGAAUAAUCAAUUAGUAGCAAAUUUGCAUUUCUUAUUAGCAAAUGGAUUUGUUACUAUUCAAACGGAUGAUACCUCGCCACCAACAGUAACAACAGCAGCAGCAGCACCAGCAGCAGCACCAACAACACCAGCACCGCCACCACCACCACCACUAGUACCUAUUUCUGAUGCAAAUAUUAUACAGAAUGAGACUAAAUUAUCAGAAUUCGUUAAUGGUGCACCUAUACAGGAAUCUUAUAUUGACACAGGUACUAAACACGUCGUUAUUACAAAUGAAACAUCAACAAGGACAGCCCUUCCAACUACCCAUGUUUCAACAGAGCCGAAUACUGAUAUAAGUAUUACACAGUUAGAAUAUACAAAUCCUGCAACAAUUAAAACAGAAGAAACAAUAAAGAAGCAAACAAAUAAGAGCAAUUCAUCAAAACAGAGAGCAUGUGAUAUUUGUGGGAAAACGUUUAUGAAGCCAUAUCAAGUAGAAAGACAUAAACGAAUUCACACAGGUGAACGUCCAUUUAAGUGCGAAUUAUGUACCAAAUCAUUUGCUCAAAAGGCAACAUUACAAAUGCAUCAAAAACAUCAUACAGGUGAUCGACCACACGCUUGUCCAUGCUGCGAAUUUACUUUUUCUCAAAGAGGAAAUUUACGAACACACUUAAGACGUGUUCAUCGAUUGGAUCUUAUCAGUGCUAAAAAGUUGAAAACAAGUCAACAAGUUUUAAGUGCUAAACUAAUACAAAAUAAUAUAGGUGAAACAAAGAUUCUAAGUUUAGAUGAUAUUGCCUUUGUCCAGUUUGUAAAAUAAUUUUUAAUAUAGACUAACAUUUUUAAAUGCUAAAUACGCUUAAAAUCCUCAAUACUGUCCGAGAAGUCGGACAUAUUACUUUUCACUGCUCUUAUCAUGAAAGAUUUAACAAAUAAAAAAGGAAAGAAAAAGAAAAAAAAAAGAAAAAAAAAAGAAAAAAAAGAAAGAAAAAGAAAAAGAAAAAAAAAUAUUAGACUGAUCUCUCUGUGUCUUUGCAUUGAGAAAUUUUUUAAAACUCUGUGAUGUAUAUAUCGUGUACAUUGAUAACACUAAAAUAGUAAAGUUAUAUUCUGUGGUUUAAUAGAAUCCUUUAUAUUAUAUUGAGAGUCAGUUAUUAUUCUAAGUGUUCUAACUCUAAACCUAUCUGGUAUUACUAAGAUACAAGAAACUUUCUUUGAUAAGUUGUAUUAUCUUUAUUUGAUACAUAAAAAUAUAACUUGUACAUAAGUUACUACUGUUUGUAAUAAAAUAUGUCAUUAUAGAAUUAAAA